UGAUUGUGCAGUAUUUGUGACGUUCUGUGUGAUUAUUAAAUAAAUAGUCCCGUUAUGUUUAUAAUCUAAAUAAAUUAUUGCAAAUUUUGCAUUUUCCUUAUACUAAUUCAAAUCAUGUUGUAAUUACGAAAACUUUUAACCCUGGAAUCCUAUUAAAACACAAGUUAUGGAUCCUUAUGAAGAACAGCUACUGAAAGUUUUUAACAGCCAUGACAGAAAUAACUCUGGCAGCCUAGACAAAGAGGGUUUAAUGCAACUAUGCCAGACGUUGCAACUAGAAGAGCACAGUUCGGAUCUAAUAAAGUGUUUGUUAGCAGAUUCUAAAUAUAAGCGUGCUACAUUUGUGGAAUUUAAAGAUGCAUUGCUGGCACUCCUGGGUAACAUGCAAAACAACAAAAAUGUUAUUACCGAUGAGAACACUAAUCCAGAAAAAAGUCCAGAUCGAGAAGUGUCACCCAAGUUGGUUUUUGGGUCUAAGAAAUAUGGCAGGAGAUCACGACCAAGAAUUGAUGAAGUAACUCAAAUUUUUAAUGAAGAAAAUGAUAUUACCAUAAAUAAAUCUGCUGUGCAAAGAUCAAAUUCUCAGUCAGAAGUCUCGAAUUCCAAAAAAAGGAAGACCAAUUCAAAGUUGAAAAGGUGCACAUCUUUGCCUGGACACACUGACCUGAAUAGUUCAAAAAUUGAAAAUAACUUUCACAUGAGUGAUCUUAGUAGCGAACCUGAUCAAAUUUGUACUGAGGACAUGUUGAGGGAGGUUUGGAAGAAUUUGGGUGUUGGGAAGGAUGGAUAUUUAAAUCAAACAGAACUUAUGUUGGUUUGCGAUGCUAUCGGGCUGCACAAACUGGCCGACGGCGUGCUGCGUCAACUCAGCGACAAGCUCCCCCUCAACUACGAGGACAAGAUCAGCUUCCAGGAGGUGAUGGAGGCCCUGCGCCAGGACGACACGUGGAUCGACGUCUUCAACUCGACGUCGAUCGAGGCGGCGACGCCGACGAACAACAACGACGACCGCGUCAAGGCGUUGUUCGACGAGUCGGUCAAGGUGGCGGAGUCGAUGUUUCCCGAUUCGCGGACCUUUCAGUACGUCACGUUGGGUCCGGACGGGAACGGCACCAUCACGGCCGAUUCCUUGAUCGAGAUGUGGGAGAGCGUCGGCAUACACUCGCCCAAGGAGCUGAUCCACGAGCUGGGUUUCAAUGCCAGAAAUAUCAAUAUUGGGGAGCUCGCUCAGGUUUUGGAGAAACAAGUUAAAGGCGUUACUGAAUCAACAAGAUCCGAAUACCAAUCCCCUCACAUCGUGUUGCUCCAAGCCAACCUCACCCUGUACCAAUCUGAGAUAAGAUGCCUGAAACACGUGCUGGGCCAGAUGCAGGCCGAACGUGAAAAACUCAAGUGCGACGUGCAAGAGGCCAACAAUCGUUCGACGCUGCUGGCGCAAGAAGUCGACGACAACCACAUUCGAAUGGAGCAAAACACCCUCAACCAAGUGAAACUGAUUGAGCAGAGGCAUGCCGACAUACUGAAAGAGGUGACGAGUCAAUACGGCAAAGACAAAGACCAGCUCUCGAACAUUAACCUGUCGUUGGAGGAGAGAAUUGUCAAUUUGGAGCAGGAGGUUUCAAAGUUGAAGAACGACUUGACCGUGGCGCAAAAAUACUCGAUCAACGUGGAGAAGGAAAACCAAACUUUGACAAACCAAAUACGGGACCUGAAGAAAGACAGAGAAAUGCUUUCAGUACAAAUAGCCACUUUGGAAACAGAAAAUAUCAAAUACGGAGCCAGAGAAUACGAAGAGCAGGAACUUCUUUUGUCGAAACUGUCGAAUUUGCAGAUGGAAAACGCACGUUUAAAGGACAAAAACGACGAGAUGGUUUCGGAGAUCGAAUCGUUGACCAAUCAGGUGGCCGGGAUGAGGGCCAAAGUGUGCAGCACGCCGGUUUUCAAUACUUUGGAUCAAUCGAUGGAGGGAAAUGUUUCCAUCAUCGUGGAGGGGCUCAGUGUGGGGGCGAAGAGGAGAAGCGACUCGUCUCCAAUCAAGGACAAAUGCGAUGGUAGCCCGAGGCUCGGCAAGUUUCGCAGAAAGACGGAAAAAAUGAGGGGCGACCACCUAGACUUACCGCUGACAUCGAGCGAGAGCGGUUUUGAAACUGAAGCUGACUUGGAUUCGUCUCUCUACGCAAGCGAACAUGAAGAAAUUACGAGGUUGCAAUCGAAAGUUGCUUUUCUCGAGCAAAUUUUGGUACAACAUUCCAUCCCCAUUCCGGAUGCAUUGCCGGAAUCACCGUGUAGCAUGGCCACCACCAUCCUAAACCUAAACGACAGAGUGCACGAUCUAGAAAAAACGAUAUUCGAAGUGCAGGCCUCCUUGAAGAACAUGAUAGAAAAAGACUGCGUCAGCGUCGACAAUGUUAAUAAAAUAAGAAAGAAACUAGAAAACAUGCAACUGGAAUCAAUUGGAAGUAACGUCGAUGCAACACUCGAAAACGAAAUGAAUGCAGCAAAUGGACAUUCGGUCGAAAUAGAAGUGCAAACAGAAGAAAUGGAGGAUAAGGUGAGCUGUAAGUUGGAAGAACUAAAGGAGGUCCUUAAAAAAUCAGAAGAGAAGAAUAAGGAGUUAACUGAAGCGAAUAAAGACCUUGCCGCCAAAAUAUCAGAGUAUGAAAAUUGCUUGGAACUGCUUAGAAACGAGAUGGUGCAGUGUGAAGACUACUGGGAGACAAAAAUUGACGAGGAACGCCAGAUUUUUGAGCAAGAACACAAAUUAACCAGUGAUACCUUAACAGACCUUCUGGUGAAGUUGAAGGAGUAUGAGGAUCAAUUCGCGAAUCAAGACCAAGCUGAUAACCGCUUACCCCCUAUAGUGGAAACUUAUAAUCUGGAAAAACAGUUCACUGAUUUGGAACAAGAAUAUGAAGACUAUAAAUCGAAGACUGACGCGGAAAUUUUCAAGAAGGACGAAGAAAUCACCGUACUGAAAGAGCAACUUGAAAGUUUGAGCAUUAGGAAUGUAAAGGACGCUGAAGUGCAGGCGGUCGAUAGUAGUUCGGAUAAAAUGAAAAAUUUCACGAGUUACAUAAUAGAAAAAUCUAGUUACGCGGCAGAAGACAAAAAACCUGAAGAAAAUCUAGUCUGGGAGCGUCAAGAGCAAAAACCCACAUCAACGGAAACCAACUCCCUACCGUUCAGCUGGAACUUCAACACUGAAAAAACAACCAGAAAUGUUCCUUCGACGUCGUCAAGUUCUCCAGGCUUGGACAAGAACACGACGCCCUGCAGACCGAAGAGGACGCGCAAACACGACAAGAAUCUCUACAAGAAGAAUAACGAGAAGAAGACUGAGAUCGCGCAGAACGACUGGAAGGGCUCCAACGCGAGCAUGAAGCACGGCUACGAUCAAAACGUCGUCAUGCCCGCCAGUUCCUACUACAACAUGAACAACAGAAGGCAUUAUCUGGAGCAAAGGGUGAAGAAUUUGGAGAUGCUGUUGACGCAGCAGCAUUAUCACCAUGAGCAUGUCAAGCAACAGUAUUUCCAACAAUUCAGGGCGGACAGGGCCGAAUACCAAUGCAAACUGAAGUUCCUUCAAGAAAAACUCGAGCAACAGGUCCGUAUUUGUAACGAACAAGUCCAAAAGCUGGAACGGACUGAUCAGCUGGUUAAGGAAAUGUAUGUGGAGAAUUCCUAUCUAAUAGCCAAUGUGCAAAGGCUAGAACAGCAGUGCCAUAUCAUGAAACAUUGCGGUGCCAACGCGAGCACCGUAUAAUUUCACUAUUUACGAAAUUUUUAGACAGUAGAAUUGUUAUUUGUUGUAGAAUGUUUAAUGCGUAAAAACAGUUUAAGUGGAAAAUCUAUGACUAGAGUUCUGGUUGUGAUUUUUUAUUAAUUGAUUGUUUUUGGGUUUAAUGAUGAUAGUACAAAAGUAUUCGGAAAAAUUACUAUACUUUCUUUUGUUAUUAUUAUUUGUUGACAAUAAGUGUAUACAUUUUUAUUAUUUUAUGAUUUUCUCAUGUUUUAGUGGGACGGAUUGUGUAAAUACUGAAAUUAAAAUCCUAAUAUAUUUGCUAUACUAAAGUAAAUACAGCUUUCACAAAUUCUUUAAAAAGGUGCCUUGUAUAUCAAUCUGGAAUAGCAGAAAUUACUUUUUUACUGUGCAGUAUGUUGCUUUUAUUUUUGUAACACACUGUUUAUAUUAUAUUGGUUGUGGUGUGGCAUUCUACUCAACCUGGCUACUUGUUGAAUAUAUUGAUACCUGAUGUGAAAUGAAAAACAUUUAUUUUUAUUUAUAUUUAUUUUAAUGUUAACUCAAACUAGUUUUUCAUAGUGUAGGAAUUUUGAAAAAAAAUACUAAUAUAAUCCUAAUAUUUCAGGGUGCGCCAUUAGAAUAGGCAUUAUUGUUUGAUUUACAGAUUAACGUCUAUUAUUAUGUGCUAAAUACUUUCAUACUAAAAAUGAAGCGAUUAUUAUAUUUUUGUUGUAUUAUUUCAUUCAUAUAAAUUACCCAAAGAAGUUGUAAAAUAUUGUUAAUAAUUUUUAUUUAAGUGUAUAUUGUGAUUGAAUAAAAUGUAUCUUCUUUUACUAAAA